CCGUGACUGAAAUGACUUUUUUGACACUACCUAACUUUGAGGGAUGCACGGAGAAGUCACAUAAUGGGAUUAUUGAAAUUGGUAAAAAAUGCAACAUUGCUUCUUUUAGUUUUUGUUUCUUUUGGAAUAAUUUUCAACUACGUCGUAAGAGAAGAGUUAGUAGAAAUCACCAAGUUUGAGAAACGUUUGGAGAAAUUAAAUCAGAAAUUGAUGAACGAUGUGGAUGAUUCAAGCAUAAAGGAAAAUGCUACUCUUCUUACACUAGCAAAGAAUUCUGAGUUAUUUGAAAUAGUAAAGAUGGUUCUCAAUUAUGAAAGUAAGUUCAACGGGAAAUAUCGAUACCCAUGGGUGUUCCUAAAUAACGAGCCGUUCUCCGAAACUUUCAAAAACACAAUUGCUCGUUUAACAAGCGGUCCUGUCUAUUUUGGUGAGAUUCCCAGGGAGCAAUGGGAUAUGCCUGACUCUAUAGAUACUGAGCGGGCUGAGGCAUCUUGGGGGAGCAUGGCAAUGAGAGGCAUUAUUUAUGGAGGGAAGAAGUCUUAUCGACAAAUGUGCAGAUACUAUUCUGGUUUUUUUUGGAAGCAUCCACUUCUCGAUUCAUAUAAAUACUACUGGAGAGUUGAGCACGAUUCUAAUUUGUUAUGCGACAUAAGGAAGGAUCCAUUUACUGAACUUCGUCAAAGGAAUAAAACCUAUGGUUUUGUUAUUACCAUCAAGGAAAUUGCAGCUACCAUUCCCUCUCUGUGGAAUACGACAAUGGAAUUUGUAGAGACUUAUCCUGAACUGCUGGCACCUAACAAUUUAUGGGAUUGGAUUUCUAAAGAUCAAGGAAAAGAUUAUAGUUUAUGUCAUUUUUGGUCCAAUUUUGAAAUUGCAGAUUUGGAUUUUUUCCGGAGUGAUGCCUAUCAAAAAUAUUUUGAUUAUUUGGACAAUUCUGGCGGAUUCUUUUACGAGAGAUGGGGUGACGCCCCAAUUCAUUCGAUAGCUUUAAGUCUUUUCCUUGAUAAAAACCAGAUUUAUUUUUUUAAGGAUAUUGGCUAUGAGCACUCACCUAUCGUUUACUGUCCUGAUAACAAUAAACAUUGCAGCUGUGAUACUGCCUAUGGAGAUCUUGAGGACCCUAAUUCUUGCAUCUUUAAAUAUUUACAAGUCGCAGGAGAGUUUUGAGUUUAUCAAGCGAGAGCUUCGAUUUCAAUUUAGGUGUUUUUAACUUUAUACUACAGUCGUUUAGAUUCUUAAACCCCAAAGAGUUUAAUUUGUAUACAUCCUUCUUAAGAACACAGUUUUUUGGGUCAUCCUUAAUGUAUUUUUAUGCUUCUAUA